CAAUAUAAUGACUCUUUCCAUAUUUUCGGGCCAAACCGGACUAAAAUGAUUAAUCCUUGACUCACUAGCUCGACCGGGUCCGGGCCAACCCGCGGGUUGACAACCUUGCUUAUCAGUGAAUGGGUCAUCCCACCGCCACGUGUCGGACCCAUAUCCAUAGACCAUACUUGUUGUUUCCCAUCCUUCGAUUUUCAGCAGGAAAAUAAAAAAGUAAAUUAUUAUUAAUUAAAAAAAAAAGACAAAUAAAACAACACCAAGAGAGCAAAGAAGAAGAUAAGCCACUUGUGGAGGCCACAAUCACUCUGCUACCAAAACCUCACAUUCCUUCCACCUCCCCCAUUAGCCAUAUCAUCAUAUAUCCCCAGAGAUCCCCCCAAAAAUCCCCUCACUCAUUUCCCAACUCUCAAUUACUGCAACAAUGGCUUCCCUCCCAAUUAUGUUUGCUCCGGCUACAGUGAAUGUGUUCGCAGCCACCGCAGCCAAAGGAGCCGGCGGGAGCAAAGAAGAGAAGGGCCUGCUGGACUUCAUUCUGGGCAGCUUGACCAAGGAGGAUCAGUUCUACGAGACCGACCCAAUUCUCAAGAAAGUCGAGGGCAAGAGCGGCACCACCAGCAGCGGCGGGACUACUUCCGGCAAGAAAAACUCCGUGGCUGUCCCCCAGAAGAAGAAGAACGGCGGUUUCGGCGGCCUCUUCGCCAAGAAAUGAGUUUGCCAGAAAGCAAAAACGAACAUAUCAUAUUGUUAGCUUGUUUUUUGGUUGCUAAUCUCUUCCUCCCGUCUGUGUAUGUUUCCUUCUCCGUCAUAAUGAUUCAUGUUCCUCCAUCGGCUAUCUGAAACCAUGCAUUAUACUGCACCCUUCUAUUCCCUCCUCUUCCCUGUGCUACGGACUUGGAAACUGA